AUGAAGAAAUUGCUUCGAUUGGUCUCCAAUGUGGAUCCAUUGAAUCGACUGACGUGUAUGUAUGGAAGGCUACUCUUAUUUAAGGUAGAGCCCUAUUGGGAUUGGACUAAAUGGUAUCAUUCUUCAUGUUUAAUGAAUAAUCCAUUUUAUGAGACAAAACGCUUACGAGAACGCGAUUGCUAUUUAUGUGAAGACAUCUUCAGAAUUGAAAGAAAUUCAGACCUCAAGAUCAUUGUUGGAUCAGAUGUUAUGGAGAGUGAACUGAUUAAGUGGCCCAUCGCUCGACACCAUUUUGGUCUCAAAGAUAUUGAAGAAAUAUAUGACUCGAAUGACUGGAAGAAUAUAUGUCUCUUCAGAUCCAACAUUAAGACCAGCGAUCACUUGACUUUGUUAAAGAAAAUGAGAUCAAAUAAGUCAAUCCAUUCACAAGUGUUGGGCAACUGUUGCACAGAAAGCGAGGAAUUGUUGGAAUCGAUCGCUUUGAACGAAGACUCCAAUGAAAUCGCGUCGUCGAUCACACUCUCGAGGUUUGGAUCUGAAGCGUGCGGUAAAGUAGUUCUGGAGAUGAGUUACAAUCAAACUGAUCGUAAUAAAGACAUUCCAAAUCUAACGGUCCUUCUGGUUGUCCAUUAUGUCUAA